AGGGUAACGCUCAGCCGGGAGCGGUUAGUGCUGGUAUGGUGGCUGCGAAUCGAGAUUUUGCUGAGUUACUUGAAGGCGACAACGAUGCAGUGGUUUUGAACGUGCUUUAUCCUCUUCUUUCCGAAAAGGCUUCAAUUCUUUCGGAUAUUCUAAACAAGAAGUACCCAUCAGUGCCGGGUGGUAUGCGGCGUGAGCAUGUAACAAAAGCACAUAAGGCUGAUCAGUGGGCAUUCGCCGCAAAAUUCACAUAUCUUUUGAGUGGUUUUGGUGGUAUUGUUCGUAAAUUUGGAAGUGCUGUGCAACGUUGUUCAGUGGAACGCUUAUCACGUUUAGCACAACUGCAAAUGGAGAUGACCGGUCAGGAAAGAAUGUUAGACUCAUUCUUUGGUCUUCUGAAAACGAAUCGCUUCGAUGAAAAUACUUCCACGGAAAAUCUUGAAAAGGGUAUCGCAUAUUUCCAGGUAUCUAUCCCACAAUUUCAUUUUCCGUAA